UGCGUCAUGUUGUGUAAACACGUCGACGCAAAGAUGGAAAUCAUUUUGGAUCUUUAUAAAACGCUCUCAUUUUUUCUCUACUUUUAUUUUCGAUAGUAAAAAAUAGGAUAAUACGAUUUCUUAAAGCAGACUGUUGAUACCGUUCUAGUGUAUUUACGUCGUGUGUGUGUGUAUGUCGAUUACAAUGCGGUGCGUUUUCUUCACCGUAAGCAACAUACAAGGUGUGGCAAUGGCGACAUGUCUUUCCAAGCAUGUAUGUUUAUGUUCUAUAGCGAAACACGCUUGCAUAAGUUUGCGAUGCAGAACUGAAGAAACAUUGAUAAUCACAGAUUUACCAGAAAGAGGACCGAACAAUAGCGUUACUUAUCGGCCCUUUUGUCCUAUGAGCUGAACAGAAGACCCAUCAUACAGGUAUGUGUGUGUUUGGUGUUGAUCCAGAUGAAGUGAAGUCAAUGUCGGUGUUGGAGGGAGAUUCUGUCACUCUUCACACUGAUCUUACUGACAUACAGAGAGACGAUCAGAUACUGUGGCUGUUUGGACCUCAAGAGUCUCGUAUAGCUGAAAUAUAUAAACAGAAACCCAAGACAGAAACUGGAAGGCAUGGAGACAGACUGAAGCUGAACAAGGAGACUGGAUCUCUCACCAUCACAAAGACCAAAAUCACAGACUCUGGACUUUAUCAACUUCAGAUCAUCAACAGCAGUGGAACUUUAUACAAGAUAUUCAAUGUUUCUGUCUAUGGUGUGUUUGGUGUUGAUCCAGAUGAAGUGAAGUCAAUGUCAGUGAUGGAGGGAGAUUCUGUCACUCUACACACUCAUCUUACUCGCAUACAGAGAGACGAUCAGAUACUGUGGCUGUUUGGACCUCAGGAGUCUGGUAUAGCUGAAAUCUACAAACAGAAACCCAAGACAGAAACUGGAAGGCAUGGAGACAGACUGAAGCUGAACAUGGAGACUGGAUCUCUCAUCAUCACAAACUUCACAAUAACAGACUCUGGACUUUAUCAACUUCAGAUCAUCAACAGCAGUGGAACUUUUUUCAAGAUAUUCAAUGUUACCGUCAAUGAUGCGACUGCCAGCAACCGUUCACAUGUCUGUGCCAUCAUAGUAGCAGUAGUGGUGGGGGUGUUGAUGGUUUUCAUCAUGAUUGUUGUAGCAGUCAAACACUGUUGGACCACUAGACAAUCUAGACAGAGAUCCCAUGAAGAGAGGGGAUAUGCAUCAAUUACUUGAACAACGAUUUGAGAAGAAGUUUCUGUAACUCUAGCAGCUGCCAAUGGAGUCCAGCACCCUCCAUGUUAGGAUGAAGAGAUGUGUCUUUCAAGCAGGACCUGCAAACUUCAUCUAGAUGCUGACUUUAACUCUAGUUUAGACUGUUUUUUACGAAUGUUAUUGUGUCACAUCUGUCACCUGAAAUGGCACUUAACAAUUUGCCACUUUUUGAUGUCCGUGUGUUUGUUGAGUCACUCAAGGCCUAAGAUAUGAAAUACUUAACUCAAAAGUGAAUGGCUUGCAUUACUUUGAUAAGCCAGCGGUGUGGGGGGUCUCUAUAUCAAAUGAAGUUUAUAUAUUCUUACCUGUUAUGUAUGUGUAGCAUAGGUGUAGAAAAAGCUGAUAAUGUUUUGUGGCCUUUCUAGGUGCAGAAAAAUGUUUAUUAUGAGGCCGAGAUGACCACCAAGUGGUUGCUAAACACUGAGACAAUAUAUUAUGAUUGGUCACAGGCAGGAGUGUAGCACUGAAUCUCAGGGCCUGUGCAAAAGCAUUUUGUGCUGCCCCGCCAUGCGGUUUUGAAGUAAAUUGUUAUAUUUAUUAAUAAUACAGCACUAUAUCUCAUUUCUGUACAAAUUGUGAUGAACUUUAAUAUGAAUAAAUAACUUUAGUAUCCCUUU